GAAAGGUACGCAAAAAAAAAAAAAAAAGCGCGUCACUUGACCUUUCUCUUUACUCUUUUUAUAUAUAUAUAUAUCAUGGAUGCUUCAAGUUCACAAAAAGAAACCAAGGUCAAGAUUCGAAGACCAAGACAACCUAAAGCCGAUGGAGCUAGAAAAGACAAGACGUUGAAAAUUAAAUUAACCGCCAAGGGAGCGCAUCAUGUGGAAUCCAACCAUCACAUGAACGGACACACGAAUAAUGGGUCUGAGGAGGAAGACGAUCCAGAAGCUGCCAUGGAAGAGCAAAUGAUUUUUCGAGUGCCAGAAGGUGAAUUAUGUGAUCGAUUACAUGAAAUGGUGAAAAAGAGAGAGAUUCCCGAAGACGUCAAGCUUCAAUUUAAAGAUAAUCGAAAAGGUCAAUUCAAUUUCGAAGGACGUAAAUACGAUGUACAACUCGUUGACCUGCCCACGAUUAUUGAAUCACAAAAGACGUUGGAUAAAAAGCAGUUUUACAAAGUGGCGGAUAUUUCUCAAAUGUUGUUGGUGGAUCCUACAUCAGGCAGUGAACCGUUUAUACCUCAGAUAAAUGGAAGGCUCGAGACAGAUCCUUAUAAUUUUCCUCAUGGCCUCACGCCUCCUCUCAAACACGUCAGACAGCGAAGAUUCAGAAAGAAGUUAUCGAAACGAGCUAUUGAAGAAGUCGAGAGAGAGGUAGAACGGUUACUCGAAGUGGAUGCUACAGCUGAAGAUGUACAAUAUGAGGUAGUGGAUAACCGAGAAAUGGAAGGAGAAAAUGAGUCGGAUAUCGGGACUCAAGAUAUUGAUAUUGAUGAUAGCGAUGAUGAGAGUGAAAGUGAUGAAGAUUUGGCUGCUGCUAUUGAUCGUGAUCUUGAAGAAAUGGAAGAAGAGGAUAAUGAGGAUGAAGAUGAUGAUGAUAAUGAUGAUGAAGAUGAGGACGAGGAUGAGUCUGAAGAAGACGAUGAUGAAGAGGAUGGAGCUCAAACUGGUGAAAUAGAACAAAAACGACAAGAGAUUGCAGAGCUUAAACAGGCGAUUCAAAGAAAAACACGGGAUUUGUCUACCGCACCCAACGCCAUGCUCAAGAAACGUUUUGAGACGGAUAUUGAUAAUUUGAAGAAGUCGCUUACGUUAAAAGAAGCUCAUCUUGUUGAAAUGAACGAAAAAGAAAAGCAAUAGGUUCUUUUCAGUUCUCUUUACCCAAGUAAAUAUUUCUUUCUUUUUUUUUUGUUGUUGUUGUCUGCGCGUUGUUCUUAUCGACUAUAAUAAAUAAAAUCUGAAUAAAGCUUUCACGUCCAUCUUUUUUUUUUCUCUGCGCGUUGUUCUUAAUGACUCCAAUAAUAAAAUCCUUUGUUUAUUUACGACGUGUGUAUCCAAAAAAAAAAA